UCAACCAUGGCAUUCGCUUUCCGAGUGUUACAGGGGGGGGUUGUUGUACGUUACUUUGCCACAUUAUUGGAAGACGAAGCCUCGUCGGACUCUUUUCUGUUCAAAGUGAAAGUGAAUACAUUUACUCCGUCUUAUGGCCGCAUUGAAGUGAUGCCAAAUGUGAUUGACAAUGUGCAGUGUUCUCAACAACUUUCCUUCGACGAUAAACAGUGAACAGUAUAAUUCCUGCUACACGCAUUAGCUAUCGAAAGUUUCGUUCGGUAUACGAAUUAAUACCUUCACCAGAUGGCGCGGAAGCUUGUCGAAGAAAAAACAGCAAUUUUAUUUAAACAUUGUCAAAUACUUCUGUGCGGUCAUAUAUUUAUUCAAUCUUUGUUGAUAAUUUUAUCAAAUUAUUUAAAAUCUAUCAACUUUCUAAAUAGAACAUUGAUCGCAAAGUUGAACAGUAAAAUAUUUUUACGUUUUAAUUUUGAAAAAUGUUCAAUUGAUUGGUAAUAUUUUACGAAGAAAAUCAAUUUCGCGUAUCAUCGUUUAUGGAUUCUGCACCGACGCGAAAAAUCAAACGUAAGCUUUUAGUUCCGGUGAAAUCGCCGGAAGUGACUGAGCGUGACGACAAUAGUCCUAACGGAAAAACGUGGGAAUUCGUACUGUGGCUGUUUCGUCAUUUCGUUAACAACAUAAUAUAAUUUAAAUAUCCAUCAACGAAUAAACAUUUUCAUUUUCUACUUAACACUGUAACUAACAAUGUUAAUAAUCUGUAAAUAAAAUGAAAGAUAUUGUUUCGACAAUCUGACGAACCAUUUGCGUAUUGUUUAAAUGUUAAAGAAAAAAGGAGUAUAAAUGAAAGAAAGGGAUUUUCACUAUUUUAAUACAAUUUGUAAAUAUCUUCGUAAAAAGAAACCAAAAGUGUACAUACGUAAAAGAAAUUGAACAAAAGAGUCAAUGUUUUCCUUACGAAGUCUCGACAGCAUUUCCAGCCAGGUGAAAAGAGACUAAUACGAAACGUUAGAAAAGGAACGUCAAGUUCCAGGUAAAUCAGAGACUGGAAUCGUCAUCGAUUAAAAAUAACUAGGCACAGAGAGAGAUUACCAAGCGACGAUGAUUAAGAAGCAAAAGCCGAGGAUUUCGCGUGGCGAAGAUGCCUAGAAGCGGGUAACAGGAUACAAGAGAUCCCCACUACUGUUUUGUAAGGUGAGCUAGAACAGAGACAACUAAGAGAGGAUAGUUGGAAUCCCACUCUAGGUAGGGUCCAUGACGUCAACCUCUAGGGCCAAGUCGUACGACCAGUUUGAACUGUUUGCUUCUGACAAGAAAGAAAGAAAGAAAGAAAGAAAAAGAAGAGGUCUCUUUACCCGUUCGUCGAUCCGUCCCGAUAGGUGUACAUUUUUACCGGCCGGCUUCUGGCAACGUCGCGCUGCCAUGCCUAUUUAAAACAUUCACUGCCCGUGAGAAAAUCGAGAUUGUUUGAAACUUUACGGCUCUGAUUUGAUUGUCGAUUAGACAGAAUCUAUUAGGAAACAGUGGAAAAUAGAGGAAGCGACAAGUUGUUCAGUGUAUUGGAAGCUCACGAUGAAACUCAGUCUGUCGGAGAUGAUACAACACAGUGGUCGAUCAGGAAGUUCUCACAGUUAUUCGCGUUCUCAGUGUCGUUUUCGAUCGUUGUGUAUACAAUUCUCGAAUAAAGGAGAUUUAAAAAACCUUUCAAACGAAUGACCAAUGCUAUACAGAGUCGUUGUACCCGUGAAAGUGUCCUUAAUGGAAUAACACGAUAUAAUGUUGGGCCCAAGUGUAUCGAGGGUGCAUAAAAUAAAAUAGUGUUGUUUCGAAGGAUUAUCGUUUAAAGUGUCCGAAAAGUGGAGGAACGUUCGGUGGUAGUGUCACUGCGCAUGGUGUACCAAAGGAAAUAAGGAUCAAGGGAAGGACCCAGGGGUGUUUGAAUUGUUGAUGCGGCCGCUAUAGCGCGUUCUGAAAACAUCCGCGUGUGGAAAGAAAUGGGAAACCAUCCAUCCGCCCACCAACCGCUCGAAAGAGCUACCAGCCAUGCUGGAAAUGGUAUUCGACUCUCGCGUGAGAGGUCACCGGGGAAAAGAAUGGAUCGGCUGCGACGAAGCUUCCGAGAUAGCUUCCGACGACGGAAAGAUCCUCAUGUACCGGAAUCCAGCAAACCCCAUCAAUGGCAGGCGGAUGAAACUGCUGUUCGUUCAGCUACAUGCGCUUUCCAUGUUAAGUACCUGGGAUGUGUAGAAGUGUUCGAGUCAAGGGGCAUGCAAGUAUGCGAAGAAGCUUUAAAAGUACUUAGGAAUUCAAGACGUCGGCCAGUACGAGCCGUGCUACACGUAUCAGGCGACGGUUUGAGGGUUGUUGAAGACGAAACAAAGGGAUUAAUUGUUGAUCAAACGAUAGAAAAGGUUUCAUUUUGCGCGCCGGAUCGAAAUCAUGAAAAGGGAUUUAGUUAUAUUUGUAGAGACGGAACGACUAGGCGAUGGAUGUGUCAUGGGUUUUUGGCGUUAAAAGAAUCGGGAGAACGUUUGAGUCACGCGGUAGGCUGUGCUUUCGCCGCGUGUUUGGAGAGAAAACAGCGGAGGGACAAGGAAUGCGGUGUCACAAUGACGUUUGAUUCAAAAACUUCAACGUUCACGAGGAGCGGCAGCUUUAGACAGCCAAGUCUUACCGAACGAUUGCAGGAUUCGCGUGAACGUGCUGUAGAUGUACCUCCGGUGAAACAAGUUUACAACCCAUUUGCGAUCGAGAGACCACACGCCACCUUGUCGAUGCUCGAACGACAAGGUUCCUUCCGUGGUUUCACGCAAUUGAAUCAAGCUUCUCCAUUUAAGAGGCAACUUAGUUUACGGAUCAAUGAUCUUCCUAGUAAUCUUGAACGAGCCCGUAGCCACAGCCUCGAGCCAACAGAUUUAUCGAGAAUGCCAUCCACUAUGUCUCAAGUCGUACCUUCGAAACCAUCAGAGUUCGAAGGAGACGACGAAGUGAGUCCAAUACCGGAAAUAUCGCCUGGCGGUCAAGAUAGCGUUUCAGCUAUGUGUCAGCAGCUUUCACGAGGACUUUCUCUUCUUUCGAGUAGCGAUGAUUUUGGUCCAGUGCCUAGCCGUGGUAGCGCAAGCUCAGUGGCUAAGCAACUCUUUACAGGUUCCACCAGUGACACUCCGCCUGUAACGAUCAGUAGUUCGCUGGAUGAAUUAAAACUACAAAAUGGUCCCAGUUUCAAUAACAACAACAACAACCAUAAUAACAACAAUAAUAAUAAUGAUAAGAACGAUGAUCUCAAUAAUUUAAACGAAGGUUCCAGCUGGCAAGAAUCUCCGUCGUCUUCGAAUCGUAUCACACCGACUAGAAACAAAGCUACUAAUCAAAGUCCCGUUCCUCCAAGAACAAAUGCACCCACUCCAGUCAUGAUGAACGUUUCAGCAGUUGCCAAUGCUGUUGGUGUAUUCGGUACACCGUCUUUAGCAAAUUCCGCCUUUAGUUCAGUAUCGACAUCCUCUCUAGGAAGUACAUCCACGUCACCUGCAAAUACAUCAGUACUGGUUAAUUCUGGGAUCGCAUCCAUAGCAUCAGCACCCACUACUACGCCCAUUUUGCCGGCUAUUUCUAGUACCGUGGCUGCUGAUGUUAGUCAGAUUAGUCAGAUUGCAGUUUCGAAUACUAUUUCCACUCCGCCGGUUCAACCAGUUUCAACAACAACACCAUUGCCAAAACCAGAGCAAUGGCUGGGUAGUAUAACCAGCUCGGUACCAUCAUCAGUGCAAUCUUCUUCGCAAGGACAAACGAGUCCCCGACGAGCACCAUCGCUUCACGCAAGAGCUCUGUCUCUGGGAUCAGCCGCGAUGGGACCAAUCGCCAGGACCGGCCCGUCGGAUCCGUUCGAUGCCGAAUGGGCCGAAAUUGCCGCGAAAAAUCUGCAACAGUCGAACGCAACGAAUCCCUUCGUUAUGCCAAACGCGACGCAAGCGUUUCAGGUGCAGUUGUAGCGGCAGGAAUUUGUUAAGGGAGUUCUAUCGGUAAGGGAAUUAUCGAACAAGUUUUCAUGAAAUUUGGUAUAUCGCUAGAUAUAGUUCCUAAAAUUACUUGGUUAAAUUUUUGUGAAACGAGGGGUAGUAUCAAGCGUUUAUACGGAGUAAGUCAAGCAAGGAAAUCUCACAUCUUUUGAUUAGAAUACGUACCGAUAAAACUUCCUUGAAUUGAAAUACUAUACAUAAAUUGUAUAGUUGUUGUUGCAUAGUAAUAUCUUCGUAAGAGAAGACUUCGUUUCAAAUGAAGGAGAGGCCAUCUUAAAGAGAUGUUUAAUACAUACUGAUGACGAUGUAUAACAAUGAGCGUGCACAAAACGCGUGUAAUCCCCUGACAUGUUAGGUAGUUUACGCACACAGCAUGAAAAUAUAGGAAUGAAAGAAAAAAAAAAAUCGUUGGGAUCCUAUGUUGAUCAUUAGGAACGAAAUUUCAUCGGUUAAUCAAAUAUACAAUGUUCUAGAUAUGAAUGCACUUAUUCGCGGAGCAAACUAGACGUUGUUGAUAACCCGCUUGACCCUCUCAGAAGUUGAGCUGAUCAAUUUUAUUUUUUAGCGUGAAGAAUUUUCUAAAUGUAUUUAUUUGUAUGCGUUUACAAUUUGUAAUGUACAAUUUACAAUUUAAAUAAUUUACUGUAUAUUUGUUCGUUCUUAAUGUUCAAGCUAAACUUAGUAAGUUAAUUAUAUUAAUUAAGGUUAAUCAGUUCGACUUCUAAGAGGCUCACACUUAAAUGUCUAUUAUGAUGUACUUAAAAGAAAGUAUACAACUAAUAUUGAGUAGUAUAGAUUAGACAAGAUUAAUAUCAUUCCUGCACGAAUAAACCAAAAUUAUCAUGCACCCAAGAUUAUUCAGCCGCCUAUAACAUAUCGCCGAAAAAGAGCAAAAAUGAAAAAAGCAAAAAACCUAAAUUAAUGAAUUCCGUAGAUAUAAGGAUACACGAAAAGAAUUAGAAAAGAAAAAAACGACUGAAACGUUAAUGAGAAACGUGUCAAGAAGGUGGCCAGUACUUAAACGUGAAAAUGAAACUGAAUGAUUGUUACGAAUUACUUAGGAAAACGAUGGAAGCGUUUAUGAUUGGCAUGAACAGAAAAUUGUUUGACGGGUACCCGUGCCCGUUUUACUAUUUGCUGUGUAUGCCUGGUUUAUGAGCUUGGGUAGCACAAACUAUAUCAUUCGUUAACCAGCAGGAUAAUUAUACGUGAAUAUAUUCCACAGAAAAAUGAUGACGCCUACGCGUCGAAUCUCCCCCACACACGCACAUGGUACUUAAGCAAAAGAUGUUGAACUUUUUAGAGUCGAAUAUGUAUUACGCUAUUGUCUAGUAUUACGCAUUGUCUAGUAAUGUACAUGCAAACAAGUCAAGCGUUUAUCGUAAACUACUCUUGUAAGGGUACGACGACAACGUGUAAGCAUUGAUGGUCCACGUUCGUGUAGGGCACGCAUGAGGUGCUUUUGCAUUAAUGAAAAGAGGAUAGAAUAAUAUUUAUGAUAGCCGUUUCACGAAGCAACACGGAAAUAACGAUAUAUGUAAAGUUAUAUGAUAUUGCCAAUUGUUAUAGCGUUAUGUCAGUUGUUGAAUGAUUGCGGGGAGACACGAACAUUCUCCAUUUUUGACGUAACGAUGAAGAAGAAGAUUGAAGUUAUGUCUUAAAGUUCAUUUCUUUCUUUUUUUUUUUUUUCUUUGUUUUUUGUUAGGUACACUUUUGGUUUUUCAAAAUAUAAUUAACGACUAUCCGUUGCACGCAUGAACCUCGUUUCUUCUUUUGGAAAAUCAUGAUUUUUUAACGAAAAAAAAAUAAUUUUUACCCUAUUAAUGAAGUUUGUUUAAAUGAAAUAUAGAUUAUGUACAUUGUUCUUCUCGUUUUUAAACGUGUAAAAAAUGUGUUAACGUGAAAAAGUUGAAAAGUGCCAUAAGACAAGUGAGGGGCAACGAUUAUUUCCAUUUGGUGUUUCUGUUUUUACUAUAGAUCUUUUUCCUUAAAUAGGAUUAAAAAUAUUUUUGAGACAAAGCUCUAGAUAUAUUGUUAAAUUAACUGAUCAUCUUAUGUUUUAGAAAAUAAUUCUUUAACGAAAGUAAAGAAGCCGAUAUCGAGAGUACUUAAUUACUUAAUGUACUGAACUUGACAAAAAUUAUACAUAUAUUAAGAUAUGUAUAUGUAAGGCAGGGUGUUCCUAAAGUAAGUAGCAAGUUGAAACAUGCAAAUUCUUCAUGUUAAAGGAAACUGAAAGGUACUUUACGCGUUCGCGUACAUAACACUAUCAACGUUAAACAUUCUAAUACAUCAAGGAGACUUGUAAUGUAUUUCUUCUUUCAUUGUGAUAAUAGAUACGUAUUUAAAUUAUCUACUCGGUUCAUUAUCAUGCGUUUAAUUAGGUUGGUGUGAAAGAUUUGACGUACAAUUGAAUCCAAAAUAUUAUUUAUCAAUUGAAAUGGUCAAUGUUAACGUUCAUAUAUGAGCCUUCUGAAUCUAUGUUUCCAAGACCUAUAUAUAAAUAAACAUCCGUAGUUUUAUUUCGAUAGAGCAUUACAUCGAUACGAUAAAGCUUUUGCACAAACCUAAUAUUUAACACUUAAAUCGUUACAGUAAUUUUUAUGCUUUAUACAAGUUCGCAUAAAUGAUGGUACACGAAACGAACGUUAAUGUACGGUUCCUGUCCUGCGAAAAUUUCUGUGACCAAUGUAUACUUUUGAAUUUUCCAUAAUGUUGAGACAAGUACAAGAGAAUGAAAAAGUUGAAGGUUUGAAGAAUGCAAGGGAAAAUAAAACGUACCAAACCCUGAAAAAGCGAUACAAGAAAAUGGUAGAAGGGAUCGAAGAAGAGAAAAUUAGCUAGGAAAAUGUCACUUUGAAAAAUGUAGUUAUGUUGAUAGGAAGAAUCUGUGAUGGAUGACAAACUGUCAAAAUUAUUUACUGUUCUUAACGCUUAAUCGAUGAGAGCUAAAGCAUUGUUAAUUUGACCUAUAGCAAAAUUAACUAUUUUCUUAACUAUUUAAUUAAACGCAUACAUAAAAUUUUAUAUUUUAAAAAUUGCAAAUCCUAUCGCGUAUUCAAUAAUUAUUUUUCACUAAGACAUAGGUUUACGUGUCUCAUCAGUUGAGUGUUAAAUAAUAUCAGAGCAAGUAUGUAAUUCAAUAUGUUAACUGAGUCAUUUUUUCAACCAGAAAGAAGCUGCUUCCCGCACGUGUAAUAAAAAAUGAAUAAAGAAAAGUUAAUUUAUUUUGUACGCUA